AUGAUGCCCAGCCCGGUGUUGUCGCUGUUGCUGUUGCUGUCACUGCUACUGGGAGCUCUCCCGCUGGCCGCCGCUGCUCGAGGCCCCCCAAGGAUGGCAGACAAGGUGGUCCCACGGCAGGUGGCCAGGCUGGGCCGCACGGUUCGGCUGCAGUGCCCCGUGGAAGGAGACCCACCACCACUGACCAUGUGGACCAAGGAUGGCCGCACAAUCCACAGCGGCUGGAGCCGUUUCCGCGUCCUGCCCCAGGGGCUGAAGGUCAAAGAAGUGGAGAGAGAAGAUGCCGGCACCUAUGUGUGUAAGGCCACCAACGGCUUCGGCAGCCUCAGUGUCAACUACACGCUCAUUGUCAUGGAUGAUACCAGUGCAAGGAAGGUGGGCCCAGCAAUCGACGGCUCUGCGGGUGGCCAAGAGGAUCCAGCCAGCAAGCAGUGGGCGCGGCCACGCUUCACUCAGCCCUCCAAGAUGCGGCGCCGGGUGAUCGCCAGACCCGUGGGCAGCUCUGUGCGGCUCAAGUGUGUGGCCAGUGGACACCCGAGGCCUGACAUCACGUGGACGAAGGAUGACCAGGCCUUGACCCGUGCAGAGGCCGGAGACAGCAAGAAGAAGAAAUGGACGCUGAGCCUCAAAAACCUGCGGCCGGAGGACAGCGGCAAAUACACGUGCCGCGUGUCGAACCGGGCAGGCGCCAUCAACGCCACCUACAAGGUGGAUGUGAUCCAGCGGACGCGCUCCAAGCCCGUGCUGACUGGCACGCACCCCGUGAACACGACAGUGGAUUUCGGGGGAACGACCUCCUUCCAGUGCAAGGUGCGCAGCGACGUGAAGCCGGUGAUCCAGUGGUUGAAGCGCGUGGAGUAUGGCGCUGAGGACCGCUACAACUCCACCAUCGACGUGGGCGGCCAGAAGUUCGUGGUGCUGCCCACGGGUGAGGUUUGGUCACGGCCCGAUGGCUCCUACCUCAACAAGCUGCUCAUCGCUCGCGCCCGCCAGGACGACGCGGGCAUGUACAUAUGCCUGGGCGCCAACACCAUGGGUUACAGCUUCCGCAGUGCCUUCCUUACUGUGUUGCCAGACCCAAAGCCUCCAGGGCCACCCGUGGCCCCCUCGUCCUCGACCUCCAGCCUGCCCUGGCCUGUUGUCAUCGGCAUCCCAGCUGGGGCUGUCUUCAUCCUGGGCACCGUGUUGCUGUGGCUCUGUCAAACCAAGAAGAAACCGUGCACGCCUGUGCCCGCCCCGCCUGUGUCUGCCCAUCGCCCACCCGGGACAGCCCGUGACCGAGGAGGGGACAAGGACCUGCCUGCGGCUGCGGUGGCCCUGUGCGAAGAGCAUGGGCCCCCCCAGCACCUGCUGGGCCCUGGCUCAGCUGGCCCCAAGCUCUACCCCAAACUGUACACGGACGUGCACACACACACACACACGCACACACACACACACUCGCACAUGGAGGGCAAAGUCCACCAGCACACACAUUAUCAGUGCUAG